CGGCCCGGCUGGGCUGCUGAGGUCCGGCUUCCGAGUGGGAGCGGACGCGGGCGCAGUGCGGCCGUGUGCCACCCCGAGGAACGCUCGCCGUGAGCUUUGAAUGCUUCGAGCUUGAGUUUGAAGUGGAAACCCGAGGGCCGACGCCCGGGCCCGCCCCUCCCCUCAGCCGGGGGGCAGGCCGCGCGGCGGUCGAGCCCCGCCGGCGGCUUCUGUGAACGCAGCCCUCCCCCACACAGUCCUUCCUGAACGCCCCACAGCCCGACGCCUCCAGAGCCACGGUGUGCCUGGGCCUGGGGUCUACGGCCCAACCACGUGAAGCCUCACCUGGCCGACCUGAGGGCCGGGGUGCUGCCGCCCGCUAGCCCCGCCGCCCUCCACCCCCACCAGCUCCCGUCCACACGGGGCCACUGCGGGAAGGCCCGCGUUCGCGGAGCAGCGUUCCGAGCGCGCCGCGUCUGGGUGAAGCGGUCCCCGGCUAGGCCCUAUCAGUUGACCGUGGCGGAAUAGGCCUGUGUGGCCUCUGCCCUUCACUGUAGAGCGGGCCUUUGUCGGAGGUCAAGUCCUUAUCUUGGAGAGGGAAGCCGGUGCCUUUCGAAGGCUUGAGCUUCACGCGGUCUGAAGACGGGAUCACGGGCGCCAUCUCGUGGAACGCUCCAGAAGCGCAGGAAAUGUGGACAUACAGAGACACACCAGGGAUUCUCAAGCACAGAAGAAAGAUCAUGUGAGGACAUGGCGAGAAGGCAGCCAUCUGAGAGCCAGAGAGAGAGAGGUCUCAGGAGAAAACAAGCCAGCCCACACUUUCAUCUGCACUUCCAGCCUCCAGAAUUAACUUCCUCUAGAACCAGGAAACUUUGCAAGUAUGAAAUACUCUGAAAGAAGGUGAAGAAGGAAGUUAACUGACCAAAGUGAAAAAGAGGAACAUGUUCUAAACCAAAGCAGGUUUAACCAAAAGAACAGAAGAGAGCCCAGCAUAACCAAUCUCAAGAAAAGGAAGUGGAGUCAAAUAAAAUCCUCCCUGACACAGUGCGAUUAUCCUUUAAUGAUUGCAACGGAAACAGCAUUAGAUACGACAAGAACCAUCUUCUAAAACUAAAUAUACUCAAUUGCUAUUCUAAUUGUGUCAGGACUUUGCCAGAUUAUGUUCCUUCAGAUAUGAAAAAGAAAUGUUAAAAAGAGUUUUCAAAACUACUUUUGAACCAUAUCCUACAAGGAAUUACAUUGAUCUGUACCUGUGAUUUCAUUAAGGGCUACACCAUACUACUAAACAACACUUUGUGCAGAAAUGUUGAAAAGCUGUGGAAAUACUUCAGUGGUCAUUUCUACAGGAAUUUCCCUUCUUUUGCUUUUGGUGAUCUGUGGAAUUGGGUGUGUAUGGCGCUGGAAACAUCAGAACACAAUGCAAUUUACCUUACCGAAGUUUUUGCAAAGGAGAAGCAGCAGGAGAAAAGAUUAUACUAAAACACUCUCAGGUCCUCACAUUAUCAGUCCAAGGCAUAAAAUCUCAGUUCAAACCCAAGACCACAGAUAUGCUUCUGGGGGGACUAGUGUACAUGGCAACUAUGAAAAUGUGGAAGCGGGUCUCCCCAAAGCUAAAGAAGAAACAGAUAAGGAACUAUAUGAGAACACUCGGCAGACCGAUUUCGAGGAGCAUAUCUAUGGAAAUGAGACACCAUCUGACUAUUAUAACUUCCAGAAGCCUAGUACUUCUCAAGGCCCUCAAGAUGAAGAUAUAUAUAUUCUUCCAGAUUCAUAUUAACUUUUCAAAAUACUGGGUGUAAAUACUGGAGGAUAUUCAUUUGGACUUCUGUUGUACUGAUGUCAUUAUUAAUCAAGUUCUUCUGAUGAAACUCAGUUUCUCUUGUCUAAUUCCAGCCUUUGAACCCUCUUUAUGUGUAUCACUGGGUUAACUCUAGAUAGAUCACCUCUUCACCCUUCUGGUCCUGGAUUAAUUCUGCAUUGUUAAUAUUGAUUCUUUCUUCUAAACGUUACUAACUAUCAUUUUAUUUUCUUUCUAUCUCCACGGUAUUUUUCUGGCUCAGGGUUAUUGUCAGCCUUUCUGGCUCUAGCUUUUACAACUCAGUUCCCUAUGAUGCUGCCAGAUUUACCUUCAGAAAAUAUUCACAAUGGCCACAUCACUCCUUUCCUUAAAAAUUUUGAAUGCCUUCUCUUUGAAAAAGACAUAAUACUCAUAAUUCUAACUCCGUAAUUCAUGAUUUCCCACAGUUGGCUCCAAUUUACUUUUCCAGUGACUUCUACUGAUGCCUCACUUCUCUAUUUUCAUCAGAAUCUUCUCAAAACCUGCUAAAUUCAUUCCUCCUCCAUGGCUUUGCUUAGCUGCUCCCUCUCAAACCUGCCUCAGAUGAUAACUAAUUUCAUAGGUCUUCUGAAUCGUUCCAAACGUACAUUUAUAUUUUUCUUUAAUGGUCUCUCAUAGACUUUGCUACCUGUUCAGUUCUUUGGACAUUUAAACCCAUUAAUGUUCACUAUGGCAUUUUGCUGUUUAUUAUUAUUUGAGAAUGUCUUAAAUUCCCUGCUAACUGGUAAGGAACCACCUCAUAGUCAUCUUUUAGCCCCAAUACCUACCACCAUCAUAAGAGCACUCAAUAUUACUCAGUCAACAAGAAUUGAAUUGUACAUUUUGCUAAGUAGUUUUGAGAAAAAUCUAAUAAAUUCAUCAUUCCAAGGAACAUUAAUGAGUGCCUUGUAUCUACUUCUUAAUGUGCAAUGCACAGGGAGUAAAAUAGGAAAAAGAGAGACAUGGGUCUUGAACACAUACUGUUUAAUAGGAAAGAAAAGACAUUAAACAAAUACUUUGCUAGUUUGUAGGCUAUAAUAUCUCAUCCCUAAAGCCAUCCUUGUAUGUAUGGCUCUGAUUUGCUCAAUCUGAGACUGUAAACUAUAGUUUUCCUUUGCCAGGUGGAGCCAUAUGGGGGUGCUAAAGAAGACUGGUAGGCAAUAAGAAACAAAAGGGACCUGCUCUCUUGUUCUCCUUGUUGUCUGCAGCAGUUACCAUUGCAUAUAAUUUACUCCAGCACCACUGGUUGGGUGUAGUUUCUAGUUUCUUCCAGCACUACCAGAAACAGCUUCAUCGCACCUUGUCAGAGGUACCAACACCAGCCAGGUAACACCUUCUCCUUCAGAUCUGGAAACCAGCCCCUCAGUGUCCUCCUCCAAGCUCCUGAGGUGCUGACAAGACAAAUGGCAUCCUCAGAACUCAGGGUCUCACCCUACAGGGGGCCUCUAGGUUCUGAGAAUCCUCAGUUUUAGGCACAAUGAUUAUUUCCUGCAGUUGCUAUCUCUGUGGUAUCUUGAUGUUCCCUUUUUGGUCUUUCCAGUCUACCCAUAUGUAUUUUGCUAAUUUUCUAUAUGAAAUUCUUCCUGUUAAAAUAAACAUGUAUGGUUUCUAUU